AUCGUUUCGAGAGACCUAGAAUAUACACAUACCUUUUGUGAAGAAGGGUUAUCUGAGUCGAGAUGGAGAAACAAGGUGUCCCAAUGCAACAAUACCCCAUCUCUCCCGACGUCACGGGCCAACCUCCCCAACAACCCCCCGUCUACCACCAAGAUCCCAACGCCGCGCAAUUCCAGCAACACCACGACCCCAAUGCCGUGCAAUUCCAGCAGCAGCAGCAACAACAGUUUGCCGGCUCGCCGCCCCCUCAGCACCCCCAGGGCGCAUAUAUGCAGCCCCAACACCCACCGCAACAGCCAGGCAUGCCACCCCAGCAACCCAGCGGCACCGUGUACCAAAACGCGACGCCAAUAGCGAGUCUGGGCCGCGGCUCUGCGCCCGCGGAUUGUCCUGCGUGCGGGCAGCGCGCGAUGACGAACACGGCGUUUGAGACGGGGAAUACCACGCAUGCCUGGGCCGUUGGACUCUGCUUGUUUACGCUGUGCUGUUGUAUCCCGUACAUGAUGAAUUCGACAAAGGAUGUGCAGCAUAAGUGUGGAAGGUGUGGCGUGUUGCUGGCGACGUGGCAUCGGAGUGGGACGACGGAGGUGCAUAUUCAUAAUUAAAUGGGUGUGUGUUAGGCCCUGGUGAAAAGGUGUUGAGGUGUGGAUGUGGAUGUGGAUUAUUGAUACCCUGGGGAGGAGAGAGGCUUUGAGGUGGUGUAGGAGUUGGAGUGGUUGUGUGGCUGUUCAUACCCUGAUACGAACUCAUUUUUUUGCUGUUUG